UCACCGCUCUUGUGACGCCUUCAAGCUGGAAUUUUGUCCUUAGUGACUCGGAAGCAGCCCUACAUAGCCGUGUACGCAUUUCACGACCCAUUAAGCACGAACCGAGGCAACCGAUGACUUCACUUCCAAUUCCGUCUGAAUUAGUCUGGGGUAUGAAACGUGAUCUGGAAGUUUUUAGGCCUGUUUUUUGUGCAAAGAUUGUCAAUACCAUUCUUAAUCUUAUAAUGCUAUGAAUAUAAAUUUCUUUCGCUUGCGACUUUCAACUAUGGUGGGUCCACUGUGCAGCUGUUGGACAUAACACCUGGUUAAAUUUUGUUACCUGUCACGUUUGAAAUUUGCGCCUAUGCAUUUGAUGGCUUCAUCCAUGGUAAACAUGUUAGGCCAUUUUAGAGGCUUUUCUGCUUUCCUUUCGUUUUUUUUUCAUCCUGUUAGUGAAAGUAAAAUGCCAUAGAAUGGUGCAUGAUUUGACCAGCAAAGUGUCUAUAGAAUUUUUUUUUUUUAUGUUGCAUUGUGCUGCUGAACAUGAGUUCAUUAGUGUUAGUUCCAGCCAUGGCUACUGAAUUUCAAUGGGGGUGAACUGCACCUGCGACCACUGUGUUUGCUGUUGGGCUAGUUGGUACAUGGUGCUAAGGAAAAAAGAGCACAAGAAAUGGGAUAAAACAAGAAGUACAAGCACAAGAUCAGCAUGGCCAAGGCAAGUAAUCCUGAUGACCUUGAGACGAUGCUGCAGCAGUGUUUCAACAUUUGUAUCACCCGCCAAGAACUGGAGGCCCCUACUACAGCCGUGGUGACCCGUGUGCUACGUGGAGCCUUUGAAACAUUUGGCUUGAAUGAGGUGGCUCUGGAAGUGCCUUGCUCUAUACUGCCCAGUGAAGCCAUGCACAUCGAGGGCUCGGUGUCUCUGUCCCAUUACCUGAAGCUGAUGCAAACAGUCUUUGGGCUUCUGGGUGUCAACGACGUGGGUCUGCAGGACCUUACCAAUCCAAAGCCCAAACGCACUCGUCGGCUUUUCAAGAUCCUCGUCAAUAAUUUGCUCUACACUACCAGCGUCUUCACCAAGUACACGGCAAAGCUAAAGCAGCAGCUGGAUGCCAAGGCUGAGGGAGAACAUGCCCUAAGCAUGCUCAAUGCAACGACAGCGAAGGCCAACAAGCUGGCAACUCAGCUCCACAACGGUGGUGAGCAGCAACAGGCAAUUGCUGAUGAACUUGCAGCCUGCGAGAAAACACUGGCUGCCUACGACUUGAAGAAAACUGACAUCAUGUCAGACUACAAGCAGCUCAAGAUGACCCUGUGUGCCUCUGCUGAGGCAGUGCAGAAGGCAGAGUUGGACAUCGUCAACCUCAUGGAAACCCUGGAGGAAAGACGGGCUGCAGUGUGCAACGAUCCAGCUGCUUGGAAGGAAAAGACUUCAGCAGAUGCAGAAACCCUGGCUGUCUUGAAAACUGAAAUUGAGAAGUUUCGAGCCGCUGUGUCUGCUGUGAAUGAAAAGAUAGGCUUGGCCCCCCGCAUCAGUGAGGAAUAUCAGAAAACUUUGGAAAGCAUAGCUGAGAUGGAAGGCCGGUCUGUUGAAGCAGAGGUGUUGCAGCAGAGGAAAGCAGCACAGGAGAAAAAGCGGAUUGAACUUGAGCAAUUGCACUAUGCAUUGCAAAAGAAAGUGGAGCUCGCCACAGAGGAGCACAAACGCCUCAUGGAGAGGCAGCCACAUGAUGCUGGUCUCCAGUCCCGCGAGCAACGCAACCAUGACGCUCGGCAGCAGCUGCAACAACUCAAGACAACAGUGAAGCAAACGAGAGCCAGUGCCACUGCUAAGCUGUCUGAGCUCGAUGCAAGAAUUUCAAGCAUGCAGGAAGAAAUAAGCACCUGUGAGAAGGCAACAGAAUGGCAUGUUGCCAGGAACCAGCAGGUUAUUGACAGGAUGUUGGAAUAUCUGGAUCUUCUGGUGGAACACUUUGAAACUACUUGUAAUGAGGAUAGUCUUCCACAGAUGUGUAGCGAGGACAAAUUGCUGCGGUCCACCAGCGAGGACGAACAGCCGCAGUUAAGCUCCGAAGAUGGACAACCAGGGUUGUAAUGGCAAACAGGAAAUAACUGCUUGGCUGUGUGACGUUUGUACUUUAUUUAUUACUGUUUUAUACAACAUCUAUUUUAUGCAUAUUACCUUGUAAAUAAAGUCAUAUUUUGUAUGCGCAAAC